UACCAACCGGUAGAUGGUCCGAAAUCAAACACCAUAGGAAAAUGAGUUACAAACUCCAAGACAGAAACAAAGACACAACACAACACAACAACAUAAUAACCUAAGUACCACUUUUCACUCUCUUCUCUUCUUCUUGUGACACCAUAAUCCAGUGGGAUGCUCAUGUAGAUUUGAACAAACAUAUAUAGAUAUAGAGAGAGAAUAAGAAGAAGAAGAAGGAAACAGAUAAGAAUUUGAGGAAGCGAAAAUCCCUAUGUGGGAAGACUUGAUUUCUGGGUUUUGACCAAAAUUUUCGUGGUGACCCAGAAAAUCCGAUCUCAUGGGAUAAUUAAGCAAAAAUUGUUUAAGUGUAAACAAAAGAUGAUGAACUGUUUGAGUUUGGAGCGAGAUGAUCAAUUUUAUGAUGCUUAUGAGGACCUUUCUUCUGUUUCGGAUUGGGAUUCGGAUAGUGUAGCAGAGGAUUGUAGUUCUAGUAUUUCGAGUAGAUUAAGGUAUGAAGUUUGGGCUGAGAAAUUAGGUGGUGAUGUCUUUGAACGCCGUAGGAAGUUCUUGAAAUGGAUGAGUAUGGGUUUGGAUGAGGAUUUGACAUUAAUGGAAGAUGAAAAGAAUGUUCUUAAUGAUGAAAUUGAAGUAGAAAUGGAUAGGAUAACCGAAAAUAGUGGAGCGGUUUUGAGAAAUUCGGGUUUCGAAGAAGAAGGGGUUUCGUCGAGUGAGUCUAGUAUGUAUUCUUCGUCGAAUGAAAAUGGUGGUUCUGAUAAUGGUCAUGAGUUUUGUCAAGGGGAACUUGAUAAGAAUAGAAUGCUUGGUAGAUUUUGCGUGGCUAAUUCCGAUCAACUUGUUAGUUCUAAGGCGUUUCGGGGGAAUCAGAGACCUUCGCCUUUGGUUCAGGUUCAGGUUCAGGUUCAACCUUUGAGGCAGAGAGAGGUUGAGGAUGCUAGAUACUUUUUUCAUGUUAAGAAGACGAUUAAGAGAGGUUGGUUAAGAAAAUUCGGUGUUGGAAUGUGUGUUGUUGAUAAAAAUGGACUCGGGGUUUUGAAUCCCCGUCCUAUUGGAACAACAACAACUACAAUGGAAAUGGGGUUGCAAAAGGUACAAGUUCAGCUGUAUAGAAAGCGAAGCAAGGAACUUUCUUCGCUGUUUGCUGGACAAGAGUUUCAAGCUCAUGAAGGUUCGAUUUUGACAAUGAAGUUCAGUCUUGAUGGACAUUAUUUGGCAAGUGCGGGUGAAGAUGGUAUUGUGCGAGUGUGGAAGGUUAGCGAAGAUGAGAGAUCGAACAAAUUUGACAUUGUUGGCGAUUGUUCUUCUUCACAAUGUUUCACUAUUGAUAAUGUUUUAAAGUUAUGUCCUUUGGAUGUUGUUGAUAGUGGGAAACAUAGUAAAGUAAACGAAUUGAGAAAAUCGUCCGAUUCUGCUUGUGCCAUUUUCCCUCCGAAAAUAUUCAAUUUAUUGGACAAGCCUCUACAUGAAUUUCGAGGACAUAGUGGUGACAUCUUGGAUCUUUCGUGGUCGAAUAAAGGGUUUCUGCUAUCAUCGUCUACUGAUAAGACCGUUCGAUUAUGGCAAUUGGGAUAUGAAACAUGUCUUAGAGUCUUUUGUCAUAAUAAUUUCGUCACUUGUGUUGAUUUCAACCCGAUAGAUGAUAACUAUUUCAUCAGUGGUUCGAUAGAUGGGAAAGUUCGAAUAUGGGAAGUUCGUCGCUGUAGGGUUGUUGAUUACAUUGAUAUUCGAGAAAUAGUCACUGCAGUGUCUUAUUCACCCGAUGGAAAGGGUGGAAUUGUUGGCUCCAUGUCUGGAACCUGUCUUUUCUACAAUAUCAUAGAUAAUCGUCUCGAAUUCGAUACUCAAAUUUGUUUACAAGGGAAAAAGAAGUCUCCAGGAAAGAGAAUAACUGGCAUUAAGUUCACUCCUAGUGAUCCAACCAAAGUCAUGGUCACAACUGCUGAUUCAUUAGUCCGAAUACUCUGCAAGAACAAUGUAAUCUGCAAAUUUAAAGGUAUUCGAAAUGGAGCAAGCCAUAUGUCGGCUUCUUUCACCCCAGACGGGAAACACAUAGUUGCAGCAACCGAGGAUUCGAAUGUUUACAUAUGGAAUUACACUAGCCAAGACAAGACUUCUUCGCACACGAAAAGCAAUUGGUCUUCUGAGAGUUUCCUAUCUCACAAUGCAGUAAUUGCAAUACCGUGGUGUGGUUCGAAAGGUAUCCAAGAAAUAAUCCCAACCCCAAGAUUUGACGAUCAUUCGGGGGGACAGAAACUGUCUCUCUCGUCGCCUGAUUGUUUCUCCUUAAGCGGGUUUUUAGAGUCUUUGCCAAAAGGAACAGCAACUUGGCCCGAAGAAAAACUUGUCAACUCAAAUCCAAUGGCGGUUUCUUCUCCAUCAAUGCGUUCGUCUAAGUUCAAGUUCUUGAGGAGCGCCUUGCAGAGUAUGUCGGGCUCUCCACACAUGUGGGGUAAUGUGAUUGUAACGGCUGGAUGGGACGGACGGAUUAGGACAUUCCUUAAUUACGGGCUUCCUAUUCGUGUUUGAGAAACCUUGUACAGCGAGACACACACACACAAACACACACACUCGGUGCCCUAAGAAUCGGCGAAAAAAGGUUAGUUUAGGAUCAAAUUAUGCUGUAUAUGCAUAAUGGGCAAUGAAGGUAUAGAUUUCAAGACAUAAUAUUUAUUUAUUAUAUAUAUAUAUAUAUAAAUAUAUAAAUAUAUAUUUAUAGUUGAGUCACUUUGUAUUUGUUUGAACUGGUAUAAUAUAUACAGGUCAAUUAUACAAUUCUUUGAUUUGUUAUUCUCAAGGACUAUUGGCCCCUCUAUUAGGUGAGUUUCAUGUGGCAAUGGCCCCCUUUUGAUUUGUAAUUUGUAUAAAAAAAAAAACAAAAGAUUAAAAGUUGUGUAUAAUUGAGGUUGUUUGUGGGGCUUUUUUGUCCAUAAAAGAUUGUAAUUUUUGGGUUUGAACUUUCAUUUUUUGAAAGCAAACUUCUUUUGUGAGAUGGGGCUCUUCUCUUCUAAUCUCAAAUGACACAUUAUUUAUAAAAUAUUAUAAUAUUUCUGCUUUUAUGUUA